AGGAAGGAGACACAAUAACAGAAGUCUAAAAUGGAGGAGUGUCGCUGUGGAUACGCUAAUUUGUUUAACGCAGUUCGUUAGCAGAACAUAUUUGCAUACCACUUCCAUACAGUUUGCGAUACAGGGUCGACACGUCGCAUUAACUGUGUGCGUGUUGAACCUGUUUUAUUUCCUGUGCUAGUGUUAGCUAAGUUACAUUAGGCUUCUGGUGGUAGCCUGGGAGCUAACGCUAACGUUCGCUUCAGUUUACGUUACUUCAGCUCUAAUCUCAGCGACAAACAAAAUAACAACUUGUAUUGUUGGGUGACCAAUAUAUGUGUCCAUUUGAAGCGGAUAUUAAGGACACAGCAGAAGCAGUUAUGGAGGUGGAUGAGAUGGAGACAAGAGUGCCAGGGAUCCAGGAGUCUACGGAUCGGGUAGAAAACGAGACAAAGGCCGAAUCUAAUGAAGAAAUGGAUAGUGAUGAAAAUAUGUCAGAUUCCCCAUGUGAGUCUUUACCUUCCACAAGUCAAUCUCCCAGCAAGGAGAUCCAUUUGGAGAGCAGUUCUGACUCUCUGAGUGGAAUUAAAAAAGCAGUGGUGGUCUUGACCCGACUCCCUGAUUAUAAGAUCAGCGCUCUGAGACCACCGACACCUCUGCAGUUCUACAGUGAAGACGACUCCCUCAGCAGCUCUGAUUCUGAUAUGCAGUGGGAACCAGAAGAUGAUUCUAGUGAUUCUGAUUUCUCACUCUCAAACAAUAAACGGAAAGCUGGAAAACACAGCAAGAGUGGCACAACAAGAAACAACAACAACAAUGUCCAACUUCCAGCUCCUGUAAUAAUAUCAGCGGCUUUUGCUCAUUGCUCCAAUGAAACCACAAAGACUCGGCCAAACUUGCCAGAAGAAGAGGUUAAAGUUGAUAUGAUGGUCCUGGCUCGGAAGAAGUCCAUGAGAUGGCAACGGGGAAAAAUAGUGGAUAUGGUAACAAAGGAAGAUGGACGGUUGAAGUAUAAAGUUUGUUUUGAAGAGAAGGGGAAGAGCCUGGUGUCUGGCCACCAUAUCGCCUUUGACACCGUACCAAAGCUGGAGCAGCUGUAUGUCGGUGCUCGCGUGGUGGUCAGAUGUCAAGAUAACAAGUUUCGGUUCCGUCCUGGUGUUUUAGCAGAGCUCCCCAGCAGAAAGAACCGAUUAAGGUUCUUGGUCUUUAUGGAUGAUCACACGCCAGUCUAUGUUGGGUUACCUUUACUUCGCCUGGUGUGCAGACCAUUGGAAGACGUUUUAGACGAUAUCCCUGACUGUCCUCACAAGUCUUUCAUGAGGCAGUACCUGAAGGACUGGCCCUACCCACAUUUAACUCAGUACAGGGCGGGACAGAACCUCAAUAUUGAAUUAAACGGAGCCCAGCAGAGGUGUGAGGUGCAGCUGGUCGACAGCAGCUUGAUUCAUGUCGUUUUUCAGGAAAAUCAACACAAGGAGUGGAUCCAUCGAGGCUCCAUGCGACUUGAACACAUGGCAAGAUUUUUGGAAAUGAAAGGAGUGGAACAGGAUGAUUCUGACUAAAGGCCCACAGACAUGAGAUGAACUAAAAUGUGAAAAAACUUUACUCAUCAUUACCACUCUGAAGUGAUGUGCCGUUGGAUUUUUUUAGAAAGCAUUACCUGAACCAUUUCAGCUCAUAGUAAUAUGAUGAGAUGAUUGCACAUGAAAGACUUUAACCCCAUAUGUAGUUACUUGGUGGGUUAUUGCAGUUACAACUAAAGUUGUGGACCAUUAAACACAAUGAAGUAGAAGCGUACUGAGAGAGAGCACAGACCUCAAUCAAGGCCAUAUCACAUCAUGCAAUGUUUACAUAGGACAAAGUUUAGUUGAAUGAAAUUUGGGACAGCAGUUUUUCCUGUAAUCCUAAAAAACAAACUUGACCGAAAAGAUAACCUCCUUGGUGAAGGUUAAAUUAUCAUGAAUUUACCUUUUUAGUAGCUUUUGGCAGCAUUAUCAGGUGGCAGUUGGUUCAAAGAAGCAACUGUGUAUAUAUUACAAAGUAUUUGCUUUCUAUAUUAUUUUAUUUUUAUCUUUUUUUGAGUGAUAGACCAAAUGCAGACUUUCUGUGACUUAAAUGCUUCGGCUGAUUUUCAUUUGAACCUUUUGAAAAGAGAGAGAAGGUGCAUUUAAUGUUAUGAAUUUUGCUGGUGUGGAUAUCAGUUGGAGUGGUGGGAUGACAGAAUGACAGUUUUGACUUUAGUGUAAUUGUUACCCCUUAUAUCUUUCAGUUGUAUGAUUUUAUGUUGUCCUAUAAUUUACAAUAUUACUUUACAUUUAUUUAGCUGAUGCUUUUAUCCAAAGCGGCUCACAAUAGGUGCAUUCAACCACGUCUUGAUAAAUGCAAGUGCAUCAUUAUAAAUUUAUGCUGAACUGCUUCAAUCUACAUUUUGAGACAAAACAUUUAAAUAAUAGUCUGGCGACCUGUCCAGGGUGUACCCCGCCUCUCGCACAAUGCAGCUGGGAUUGGCUCCAGCCCCCGCGACUCGAGCGCGGAUAAGCGGUUAAGGAUAAUGAAUGAAUGAAUGAACAUUUAAAGAAAGAGAUUAUUUUAUCUUCAAGGUGCAAUUCAAACUGAAGAGAUUUCAGACUGAGACUGAGGAGAACACACAUGAGUGAGUUUGUUGAGUGUAUUUGUUUCUGUUCUUGUAAAUUGCUGAGAACUGGGAACAAUGAUCCAGAAACAUUUAUUUGACUGCAAUUGAGAGUCAACAGCAUUUUUCACUCCUUCUUGUUUUACCCAUCGAGCCAGUGAUCAAUACUUGAGGUAUACUACUCAGUAGUACACAAUUUGAUUUCCCUUCGUUUUAUUUUGUCACUGUUGUUUCAACAUGUAAAUAUACUUAAAGAAACAUUGUAAAUCAUUUGCAAGUGUCCCCAACCUCAUUUCCAGAAAUGUAUAAAAGAAAAUCUAAUUUCUCAACCUUGUUCAA